AUGGACAAAAAAAUCAAGGCUUCGCAACUCAAAAAGAGGAUCGCAGUGGAAGGCCUCAAGACGCUAGAACGUUUUCAAGCGGAGUUUGUGCCCGAAUUUGCAAGCCAGAUUCCAGAAGCGUUGGAGGAUUUGGACAGGCACAAGUCAGGGUUUUUCAACUCGAUUGAGAAACUCGAAGAGCUGGAUGAAAACGACGCCAGCAUCGAGGCAUACAUCCAUGAGAGGAGUGAUUUUGAGGAUCGUCAUCGGAAGCUGAAAUCAUUCCUACGGGAAAACCAACCGAAGGAAGUGGGUACGCUACACGACACGACGGGUUUGGCUUCCUCGACGCUUGCCUUUUUUCGGCCAAACGCUUCUAACCUACGUCUGCCAAAGAUCGAGCUUCCAACGUUUGAUGGAGACCAUACAAGAUGGCUUUCGUUCCGAGAUCGGUUCAUAGCCAUGAUCGACGCGUCUGCAGAACUUCCCGCCAUCGCUAAGCUCCAGUACCUGCUUUCAUCGCUAAAGGGAGAAGCAGCUUUACCCUUUGAGCACACUCCUUUAACAUCCGACAACUAUCCAGUUACGUGGGCGGCACUUCUGAAGCGGUACGAUAAUUCACGGUUGUUAAUCCGUGAAUAUUAUCGUAAAUUGCACCAUCUUCCAGGUGUGCAAUCGGUGUGCGUUGACAAGCUUACGCAUUUAGUGGACGAAUUCACUCGCUUUGUCAACGGAUUGGUGAAGCUGAAGGAACCGGUGGAUGCAUGGGACACGCCGCUUUCGAAUAUGCUGAUGAUGAAGCUGGAUCGUGAGACGCUGCUGGCUUGGGAAAAACAUUCCGUGCAUUUCCCAAAGGAUAAGUACAAGGAUGUGAUCGCUUUUGUGCAGGAUCGGAUCCAGAUCCUAAAAUCAACGAAUGAUUUUGCAUGUGAGCAUCUUGGUAAUGUAAGAAAGGUGGCCGGCAAUCAUCAUCAGUCAGUGCAAAAAAGGUCCAUCGCAAAUGCAGCUGCAUCAAACGCGACACUUUCCUCACCCCCGGCUCAUUCUCAGCAAUUGAAGUGUCCCUUAGCAUGCACCGACGCUCAUCUUCUACGUAACUGUCCGAUAUUCAUCGCUAAGGAUGUUCAGCAGCGACGAGAUGUCGUUACAAACAAGCACCUGUGUUGGAAUUGUUUGAGUGGCACUCAUCACGUCAAAUCAUGCAAAUCUGAUUAUUCGUGUAGAACGUGCCGUCAACGUCAUCAUACACUUCUGCAUAUCACUCCGGCCACAGCAGUUACCAUGGCAGCACAUUUGGAUGACGAUAAGGUGUUUCUAGAGACGGCACAGAUUGUGAUUCGAGAUGAUUACGGUAAUGAGCAUGAGGCAAGGGCUCUACUGGAUUCGGGGUCCAUGUCUAAUUUCAUCUCUGAGGAAUGCGCUCGCAAACUAAUGACCAACCGCAACAAGGUCAAUAUUGCUGUUUCGGGCAUCGGAAAUGCGGUGGUACAUCAAGUAAGGGGUUCGAUCGUCGCUACAGUUCGGUCCAAGAAUCAACCCUUCGCUACGGAAAUGGCUUUCUUGAUUUUGGACAAGCCAUCAGCUGCCAUCCCUACUUCAUUUUCGGACAUCUCAUCGUGGAAAAUGCCAGAUGUGGCAUUAGCUGAUCGCGCCUUCAACGUUCCGGGGGAAGUCGACAUCAUCAUCGGAGGCGAUACUUUCUGGGAACUUCACACCGGUUGCAAACGCUCUCUCGGUAUGGGAAGACCGUGGCUGGUGGAAACCCAUUUCGGUUGGGUGGUCACCGGGAACAUUCAUCAUUCAUCGCCUGGUCCGCGACUGUGUCAUCUCGCAGCAAACGACAUACCAUUAGAAGACAUCAUGCAGCGGUUUUGGCAGAACGAAACCAUAGCCGAGGAUACUGUCUUAUCGGUGGAAGAAGAUGCCUGCGAAAGACACUACGUGGCUACUACCGUCCGCAACACUUCGGGGAGGGGAUUCAAAAAACACAGCAGAUCGCAGGCUUCGUUGUAUGGAACGUCGUCUGAGCGAUAA